GUGGUGUUCCUACUGAUGACGAGCAGGCAACUGGACUGGAGAGGGAGGUCAUGAUGGCUGCACGGAAGGGACUGGACCCAUACAAUUUACUACCCCCAAAGGCAGCUUCAGGCACCAGGGAAGAUCCUAAUUUAGUUCCUUCCAUUACCAACAAGAGAAUAGUGGGCUGCAUCUGUGAAGAGGACAACAGUGCUGUCAUCUGGUUCUGGCUGCACAAAGGCGAGACCCAGCGAUGCCCUAACUGUGGAACCCAUUACAAGCUGGUGCCCCACCAGUUGGCCCACUGAGCCCCUCAAAAUGUGUUGUAAAGUUUAUUUCCAAUAAAGACUAGCCAUCGCAAUGGCUCUUCCUCCUGUA